CUCCAUGUGGGGAACGAUAACAAAGUAACACCAGCGGAAGCCUUGAUCCCGCAACUUCCGUGAAUAGAUAAAUAGAGUCCGAAAUUGCUUUAAAUGGAGGUCCAGGAAAGAGUAGCGGUUCCGAUUUUCACUGAAGUGGACCGGGACGUGUUUCUGAACGAGGUUUAUCCCGAGCGCAGCCCGGCGGUCCUGCGGGGCGUGGAUCUGGGCCCGUGUGUGGACAGGUGGACGGUGGAAUACCUGGCUUUGAAAGGAGGUGAGAGGGAGGUGAAGAUCCACGUCUCCUCCGUAGCUCAGAUGGAUUUUCUUCAUAAAAACUUCAUCUACAGGACUCUGCCAUUUGAUGAGUUCGUCAGGAGAGCAGCUGAGACCAAACACUCCGACUUCUUCCUGGCUGAGGAGGAGAGCUACUAUCUCCGCUCGCUGGGAGAGGACGUCCGCAAGGAACCCGCURACCUGAGCAAACAAUUCYCGGACCUGGCUGAGGACUUUCACACGCCUCGGUUCUUUGAACCGGACCGGUUCUUCUCCAGUGUUUUCCGGAUCAGCUCCUGCGGUCUGCAGCUGUGGACCCACUACGACGUGAUGGACAACCUGCUGGCUCAGGUCACAGGAAGGAAGCGGGUGGCCCUCUACAGGCCCCAGGAUGCAUUGCACCUCUACCUCAACGGUGACAAAUCGGAGGUUCUGGACAUCGAUGCUCCUGACCUGAAACGGUUUCCUGAGUUCAUAAAAGCCAAGAGAUACGACUGCGUUCUGGAGCCUGGAGAUCUGCUUUUCAUCCCCGGUAGGAAAAUCCAGAUUUCACAACUUUCAAAACCCGGGCCCCCAUGGGCCCCCAUCCGGGCCCGGGCUGGUGGGCAGCCGCCCCCCCAGCCCCCCCCCCAUAGCUCCGCGCCUGGUUCUUACCGGAUACUGUGGCGCCAUCUAGAGUUGAGUCAGAACCUCCUGCUGCAAAUGUGA